AUGACCACCAACAGUGAUGGCAGUAGCAACGAUAGCAGAAGCACCUUCAACACUGCCAGCACCAGCAGCAACAACGAUGAUGAAGAGGAAAUAAUGUCAACCUACGGUGUGGCAUUGAUUCUCUACACAGGCGCUUCAAAUUCGCCAUUCACAUCAUGGACACUGAUCAGCCAUGUGGAGGAUCAGCCUGACAUCAUCACUGGGGCGAAUUGUCUGUUGGAAGACUUGAGGAAGGGGAUGGGUGGAGUUAUCAGUGUCUGCAUGCAAACGGGUAAUUGGGGGAUGAAACAUGGGAGGAUUCCCAACGUUGCGGGUGUAAGCGAAGGAGGGCAGGAGGGUGAAGAGGAAGUCGAGGAUGAGCAUGGGGGUGACGGAGGGGACAAUAUGGACGUCAGGCGUGGCGCUGAAGGUGGCGGCGGUAGAAUGGACGAUGCCAGCGAAGACCCGAAGCAGACUGGCUGGAGUCCAAGGUUGUCGAAAAUCAUCGAAGAGGUGUAG